CAGCAGCAGAUGGGGGGAGGUGGUGUGCUCGGUGCUGCUUCAGUCCGCCAUGCCCUUCCCCUGCACCACCGCACUGCAGCCCGGCAGUGGCUUCAACCUGCACUGCGUGCUCGCCCUCGCCCCCGCCACCCUCGCCUCCUUCUCCCGCCUCACGCACCUCUCCCUCCCCCUCCCCGGCGCCAUCCCCCCUCCCAUCCUGCGCCUCCCUCGCCUCGCCUCCCUGUCCUUCGCGCUCUGCCUGGAGGACCCCUCUGCGCUGCCCGCCUUCCAGCGCCAGAUGGACUCCCCCGCCCUCUUCCGCCACCUCUCCUCGCUCUCCUCCCUCACCCUGCUCGCCCGCCGCUCCUCCUCCUCUCUGCCCACCUGCCCUCCCUCCGACAUCUCGGCGGACCUCUUCCACGGGGUGCAGCCCACGCUGUGCUCGCUCACGCUGCUGCUGCACGAGGCCAACCCAUGAAUCACCUAGUAAAAACGAGAAGGGAAG